UGCUGGCUUCUGAUUGGACGCGUGCACUAACGCUCAAUCUAGCCAAUCAGAAGUCAGCAACAUUGUUAUAUAUUCGCCGCUGCAGUAGUAAGAGGCAUAUGUGUCUUGAACGUGAUAUUAUUUUCGGAAGUCAUUGUGAAGAUGUCUGGACGCGGAAAAGGUGCCGGUAAAGCCAGAGCUAAGGCCAAGAGCCGCUCUUCCAGGGCUGGAUUGCAGUUUCCCGUGGGCCGUGUGCACAGGCUGCUCAGGAAAGGAAACUACGCUGAGCGCGUUGGUGCUGGAGCCCCCGUUUAUCUAGCCGCAGUGCUUGAGUACUUGACCGCUGAGAUCCUGGAGUUGGCCGGGAACGCUGCACGGGACAAUAAGAAGACCCGUAUCAUCCCCCGCCACCUGCAGCUGGCCGUCCGCAACGACGAGGAGCUCAACAAGCUGUUGGGAGGAGUGACCAUCGCCCAGGGAGGCGUGCUGCCCAACAUCCAGGCCGUGCUUCUGCCCAAGAAGACCGAGAAGGCCAAGUAAAUCUGCUUCUCCAAACCAACCAAACAACGGCUCUUUUAAGAGCCACCCACUUGUGGAAAAAAAAAGCAUCAUGUUCUAUUAUAUCUUACCAGACUCUUUUUAGUUAAUAGAUCAUUUGCUUAUGGAGAUGACGCAUGCCCCAAGUAUUUAAAUAAAUACUUG